GGGGGGGGCGUAAUGGCGGCCGUGCUGUGGGGGUGCGGGAGCUGAGCGGGGAGGUUCGGAUUGAGGCCUAAACCGGGGCCUGGCUUCUAUUCGCAAUGGAUGAGGAGAGCCUGGAAGCCGCCAUCCAGGCCUACAACGCCCAGCUGCAGCAGGUUGAGCUGGCUCUGGGGGCGGGCCAGGACCCCUCGCAGCGAUCGGAUCUGAUUCAGUUACAAGAAGAUUUAAAGCAGCUGAUAGAACUGACCGAGUCCAGCCUGGUGGCUGUGAAGAAGAGCAAGUUGUUGGCUGCGUUGGAUACAAGCGCCUCCUGUGUAAAUCAGCGUGAAAAUCCCGAUAGCUGUGCCCAGGAUGAGGAAUAUGCUGCCUUCAAGGAAGCCAUUGCUGAGCUGGGGACUGAUGGUGAGCCCUCAGCUGAUAACAGCGAGAGAUCUGCGACGGGAGACGAAGAAAGCAAGGAGAGUGAAUUGAAAUGCAGCGAGGAAGAGUCUGAUAGAGAGGAGGAGGAGGAGGAAUUGAGUGGGAUGAAGGUUAAAGCGCCGUAUUACAGCUCGUGGGGGACGCUGGAGUAUCAUAAUGCCAUGAUUGUGGGGACGGAGUACUUGGAAGAUGGCAGUGCAGGUGUCAGAGUGCUGUAUCUCUACCCCACUCACAAGUCCUUGAAGCCGUGCCCGUUCUUCUUGGAUGACAAAUGCAGAUUUAAAGAGAACUGUCGGUUUUCACAUGGCCAGGUGGUCUCUGUGGAGGAGCUUCAGCCUUUUCAGGAGCCCAAUCUGAGUACCCUGGAGGUGGGCUCAGCCUGCCUGGCCAAACACAGUGAUGGGAUAUGGUAUGCUGCCAAAAUAACUGAUAUUGACAGUGGUUACUACACGGUGAAGUUUGAUUCCCUGCUGCUAAAGGAAGCUGUUGUAGAAGGAGAUAGUAUAAUUCCCCCACUACGAAGCGAAGAUGGUGCCUCAUCUGCUGAAUCUGAUGAAGACAGUGUUGAUGAUUCUGGUUAUGCUAAAGUGAUAGAUUCUGGGGUUCCAGAGAAUGGAGAAUGGGUUCCUGCAUGCAGUUCCUCUUUCGGUGGCUGGGAAGCCCACACUCGUGGCAUUGGCUCCAAACUGCUCGUUCAGAUGGGAUAUGAGUUUGGAAAAGGGCUUGGGAAGAAUUCUGAUGGCCGAGUGGAGCCGGUGCAGGCGGUGGUACUUCCUCGAGGGAAGUCCCUUGACCAGUGUGCUGAGGUGCUUCAGAGAAAGAAACAGGGGAGGUUGGACCCUGGCAAUUCAAAGAAAUCCCGAGCAAAGGGAAAUAACACUGGGAGGUCCCCUGCAGGCAGCCGCAAGCCACCCCGCAAUGUGUUUGACUUUCUGAAUGAGAAACUGAGAGGGAAGAACACAGGAGAGAAGGUUGGAGGUAUGACACUGCCGGAAAGGAAAAGCAAAGAGAUCUACCAUGCCAGCAAGAGCACCAAGAAGGCCCUGAGUGUCCGCCUCUUCCAGACAAUGGAAAAGAUUGAACAAACACAGAAGGAUAUAAGAGGAAUCCAGCAGGCCCUGGCACGCAAUAUUGGGCGGCACAGCGUUGCUGCCGCUCAGCUGGAGGAGAAGCUGGCUAAUGCACACAAACAGCUGGGGCAGCUGCAGGCCCAGGAAGCCAGUCUGCAGCGGGAGCAGAAGAAAGCAGACACACAUAAGAAGAUGACUGAAUUCUAGUCUCUGAGGAAGGUGUUUGACUGCCAUGGUUAUCCUUCUAGCUAACUCUUGUGCUCAUGGCCUCAAAGCCUGGAUGAGCUGUCCUGCUUCUCUGGGCCUCAGGCUGCACUCCCAGCCCAAAAACUGGGCUGAAAAGCAGCAGUUCCUGAAACCAGAUGCUUCUGAGCUCUGCUGGGAAGAGGAGGAGCCCACAUCUGUCCAGUCUUGAACUUUGUGUAAGGACUAGCUACAAGAAAUACAGUUCUCUGCUAUCUUGCACACUUCUUUCCUCUCAUCUCUGCAGUAGCCAGAGUGUGUAGCUGCUCAGAUGAUAACGUUGCUGGCUACGAACAGGAUGAGGAGGGCCUUUGAAAGCCCCACAUCCUGCCAUCGGUUGUGGCUUGUGUUUGCAGCCAACUGAUGAACACAAGUGGAGGCAGGGUCCCAGGCACGUUUUGGCAGAGCAGAAAAGGCAUAUGUUAGUUGAGAACAACAAAGGCAAAUUGCUUCAGCUGCUCUCUACACCUUCUGUCGUUUGCUAUGGGGAGAACUCUUAGAUAAGGAGCAGUUUCUCAUAAACCUUGUGUAAUGCAUAGACAGAAAACUGGCAGCUCAGGGCUGGGUAUUAGGGGCCUCAAGCAUCAUAUUUCUUCAAUUUCAGUGUAAGAGUAUCCCUAAGACAUGCUAUAGCCUAACUGAUCGACUUGGCAUGGGAAGCUGUGUGGUUCUGUGAGUGCCAAAGCUGGGGGAGUAAGACAGCAGAGUAACAGAUUCUCAAACCUCCUCGCUAGGAACAACACUACAGAGAACCUUGGGCUUCUGUCCUUACUUGAGAUUUUCAGUCCCAUAUGGCUCUCUGAAUGCCCAUCCUUUAUUAAGAAACUUCAGGACCCAGUCUCAGGUCAGACUGAGCACGAGGACUGGGAGGUGUGUGUGUGUGUGUGUGUGCUGAGCACACAGCCCUGCCUGGGAGCAGGCCAGGCGAGGUGCCCUUCCCUGCUGCAUGGUCAGUGCUCUCACAGGAGGGAUGUCCUCUCCCCAAGGUUGUAUUCCCUGUUGGCUGCAGUUGGCCGUUACCCCAGAGGAGAGCUGGUGAUUUCCUCAGCCUCUCUUUCCGGUGGGAUUUAUUCAUUGUAAUUGUGUUGGUUUUUUAAAAAAAACAGUCAUCAUAAAUUGUUAGUGAUUUCAAGCCAG